UAAAAAAUAAAAUGAAAAACCUCACUUGAACUUCCUUGCUAAAUCUUCAUCUUCUCCCUCAAAUUCCCAAAACACAGAUCUCAUCAUUUCUUAGAUCUUUUUUUUUCUUUUUUCUUUUUUUGAAGAAAACCGACACCAUGAAGAGAUUAAACAAUGUGGAAUUCCUCAGGAACCCUACGGUGGUCAAGAUCUUAGCCUUCGUUUUCAUCAGCUUCGCUUUCUUCUACUUGGGCAAGCACUGGUCUGAUAAUGGAUACCAACAGCUCAUCUUCUUCACUGCCGGAAAUACCCCAAUAUCUGUUACUGUUUCACCGAACUACAACAAGGAGUACAAUAUCUCCUCUCUAACAUCGCAAAACCUGACUCAGCAGGAAGCCCCUGCAACGUCUCCGACUCGAGCAGAGGAUCCGGCGGUUCCAUCUUCUCAUUCUCUUCCUCUUCCUCCUCCUCCUCCUAGUCCAUCGCUUCCCCCGCCACCGCCACCGCCGGAUGUGGUGCAGAGCUUCGGGAUCGUGGACGAGAAUGGGACGAUGUCUGAUGAAUUCGAGGUCGGAGUGUUUGAUCCGGAACUGGUGGAGGAGUGGGGAAACGAGACGGAGAUCGAUGAGGGGAAAGGGAACGGCGUCCAGCGUAGAAUUAGGGUUACGAAAUUUGGGCUGUGUCCGGAUAGUAUGCGGGAAUAUAUACCGUGUUUGGAUAAUGAGGAUGCUAUAAAGAAUCUUAAGUCUACGGAAAGAGGGGAGCGCUUCGAGCGGCAUUGCCCGGAGAAGAAGCCAUUGAAUUGCUUGGUCCCGCCGCCGAAAGGUUACCGGCCGCCUAUUCCAUGGCCGAGAAGCCGGGAUGAGGUAUGGUUCAACAAUGUUCCUCAUACUCGUCUUGUUGAAGAUAAAGGGGGCCAAAACUGGAUUUUCAGACAGAAGGAUAAGUUCAAAUUUCCAGGAGGUGGUACACAGUUUAUACACGGGGCAAAUAAAUACCUGGAUCAGAUAUCUGAGAUGGUUCCUAAUAUUUCAUUUGGUAAACGUAUAAGGGUGGUUUUGGAUGUUGGAUGUGGUGUAGCAAGUUUUGGUGCCUAUUUGUUAUCACGGAAUGUCUUAACCAUGUCUGUUGCCCCAAAAGAUGUUCAUGAGAAUCAGAUUCAAUUUGCUCUUGAGCGUGGUGUGCCUGCAAUGGCAGCUGCAUUUGCAACGCAUCGAUUACUGUAUCCAAGUCAAGCUUUUGACUUGAUUCAUUGUUCAAGAUGUAGAAUCAAUUGGACUCGUGAUGAUGGCAUUUUGCUCCUUGAGGUCAAUAGGAUGCUUCGGGCUGGAGGAUACUUUGCCUGGGCAGCACAACCAGUUUACAAGCAUGAGGAAGCCUUAGAGGAACAGUGGGAAGAGAUGUUUAACCUUACCACUGGUCUUUGUUGGGAACUUGUGAAGAAGGAAGGAUACAUAGCAAUAUGGCAGAAGCCCUUUAAUAACAGCUGCUAUUUAAGUCGUGAGGCAGGAGCGAAACCUCAAUUGUGUGGUCCAGAUGAUGACCCAGAUAAAGUUUGGUAUGUGGACCUGAAGCCAUGCAUCAGUCGAAUUCCUGAGAAUGGUUAUGGAGCCAAUCUUGCUCCAUGGCCUGACCGUUUACAAACUCCACCUGAUAGGCUGCAGACCAUACAAAUUGAUUCAUAUAUUGCCAGAAAAGAGCUCUUCAAGGCAGAAUCAAAAUACUGGAGUGAAAUAAUAGAAAGCUAUGUCCGUUCUUUACAUUGGAAGAAGAUGAAAUUUAGAAAUGUUUUGGACAUGAAAGCUGGCUUUGGAGGAUUUGCAGCAGCAUUAAUCGAGCAAAAAUUUGAUUGCUGGGUUCUCAAUGUUGUGCCCAUUAGUGGACCCAACACUUUGCCUGUUAUUUAUGAUCGUGGAUUAUUAGGAGUUAUGCAUGACUGGUGUGAGCCAUUUGAUACGUACCCAAGAACCUACGAUUUCUUGCAUGCAGCUGGCCUCUUCUCUACUGAGAGAAAAAGAUGCAAUAUGUCAACCAUCAUGCUUGAGAUGGACCGGAUAUUGAGACCUGGUGGGCGUGCAUAUAUUCGUGAUUCCAUUGAUGUUAUGGAUGAACUUAUGGAGAUUGGCAAGGCCAUGGGUUGGCAUACAUCAUUACGUGACACAUCUGAGGGCCCCCAUGCAAGUUACAGGAUUCUAACAUGUGAUAAACGGCUCCUGCGUUCUUGAAAGCAACAAAACAUAAGAAACCCAGGUUGCACUUUUCUUGUGAUAACUGUAAAGUUACGAUCAACAAAACCCAGCUAAACACGAUUUCAACAUGAAAUGGUAUUGAUCGAUAGAGGAAUUUCCCAAGGAAGACUCAGAAUUGUCAGAUUCACAUAAACGGAGAGAGAGAGAGAGAGAGAGAGAGAGGUUUAAAUUGUUUUUACUUGAGGCAAACACAUUCAUUAUGUUAGUUAUUUUAGUGGGUGUAAAUUCUGGUAUGGCAAAAUGUUGGCUGGUGACAAUGCCAUGCUGGAAUAGGUCCUUGGGCACCUGAAAACGUUACUGCUUUCCUUGUGAGAUAAAACUGUAUAACAGAUGUUCAAAUUGUACAUGAAGAUUUCUUUAGUUGAUUCUGUAUCAAGUAUUACUAUUUAUGUCAGAAUCCACAUGGAAAACUAACAAGUCA